CUUUUAUGUUUUCAGUGUGAUGAUUUCAGGCUGUGAGAACGCAGCUUGUUAAGCUACACUUUACUGAAACUACUGAAUGAAGCGCAAACUGCGUGUCGCAUUGUCACGGGAAUGUGUGAGGUUCUGGUGAUUGGUUCAAAUCUUCCAAUCAUCGCUGCUCCGGGUGAUGAUGUGAUCCUGCCGUGCCACCUGGAGCCCAUGUUUGAUGUUCGGGGUCUGACGGUGGAGUGGUCCAAACCCGACCUGAAGCCCGACCCGUCAGACCGGCUGAGGCGAGUCGAGUACGAUCACCUGUACCGGGACAGGAAGGAGGUCCCCGACAUGAAGCUGGCAUCGUACUUCAGGAGGACGGAGCUGUUCAUGGACGACCUGAAACACGGGAACAUUUCACUGAAGAUCCUGAACGUGUCGGAGGAAGACAGCGGCAGAUACAGAUGUUUCAUCCCGAAGCUGCGGAGCAGAGUGAAGGCCGCCAUCGUUCAGCUCGUAGUUGAUUCAAACUUCACUAAAACCUCGACAACAGAGACCCCGCUGCAUCCCAGAAACCUCCAAACUCCAGAUUAUCAGGACGUGAGUCCAAGAGAUGGUCUGUCCACAGCCUCUGUGGUUGUCAUUGUCGUUGCCUUCAUAUCAGUCGCUGCUUUUGUUGCAUAUUUUUCUCACCGCCUUCAUCUGAAACUAAAUUCUUUACAGGUUGGGGAUUCAAACCAGCAGCACCGAGAUCCAUCAUAA